CCGACGACCAGAAAGCAACAUGUGGUCCGCCAGCGUGGUUCUUGCCGUGCUUGCCGCGCUUGCCUUCGUCCAAGCUGCACCGAAAGAGGGUUCCUCAUAUAGAGAAACAGCAGGAAGGAGUCCAAAUAUUCACCGCCUGCAGAAACGAAGUCUAGAUGGUAUAGGUGGUGGAAAUCUGAUAGGCAGAAGUCUUGAUGGAAUCGGAGGGGGAAGCUUAAUUGGAAGAGGUCUCGAUGGCAUUGGAGGAGGCACUCUAAUGGGGAGGGGCCUUGAUGGUAUAGGUGGAGGAAAUCUAAUGGGAAGAAGUCUUGAUGGAAUCGGAGGGGGAAGCUUAAUUGGAAGAGGUCUUGAUGGCAUUGGAGGAGGCACUCUAAUGGGAAGGGGUCUAGAUGGUAUUGGUGGAGGAAAUCUAAUGGGAAGAAGUAUUGACAGCAUCGGAGGGGGAAGUUUAAUCGGAAGAGGUCUUGACGGACUUGGAGGAAGUAGUCCAAUGGGAAGGGGUCUUGAUGGGAUUGGAGGUGGCACUCUAAUGGGAAGAGGUCUAGAUGGUAUGGGUGGAGGAAGUCUAAUGGGCAGAAGUAUUGAUGGAAUUGGAGGAGGUAGCUUAAUUGGAAGAGGAGUAGAUGGACUUGGAGGAGGCAGUCUUAUGGGGAGAAGUCUAGAUGGGAUUGGUGGGGAUGGUGGACUAAUAGGAAGAAGUUUAGACGGUAUUGGAGGUGGAUCUUUGGUGGGAAGGAGUUUGGAUGGAAUUGGUGGGGGUAAUUUGAUAGGUCGAAGUUUAGAUGGCAUUGGAGGUGGCUCUUUGGUGGGGAGGAGCUUGGAUGGUAUUGGUGGGGGUAAUUUAAUUGGAAGAAGUCUGAAUAACGUUAGAAGUGGAAAAUGAAAUUAAAAUAUGUGAUAUAUGUGAUGUAUAUUUCCGUAAUAAAUGAUUCCAAUCAUC